UGAAGAGAUUUUUCUUCGCUCAAAUUUGAUGUUUCGAUUCCAUCCCGCACGAAAACUCAUGCCAGCAACUUAUCCGCAUCAAAAACCUCCGAAUCUUUGUUAAAUACCUCUCUUAUUUGACCACUAAUCAACCGAAAGAAUAUGGCUUAUGCUUGAAAAAUCAUGGCAUGGAAUUUAGGAUUUCAGAAAUCUAGGGGUUCUGUAGUUCUUAUCUGUUCAGAGGGUGAUGUCAAUGGAUUCAAGUGUAUCUACCACAAUCAUAGAUUUCAGGAACUGCCUCGGCACCAUACUGGUGUAGUUGCGGUGCUUCUAAUUCCAUUUGAACUUCACGAGAAAGUGUCGAUGUUUGAGCGCGCGUUAGUUGCCACAGCGCCAAUUCACAGCGGCGAUGUCAGGAUUUGAGCUUGAGUGGCGCUUGUGUGCGGACAGUGUCUUGCACUCAGAGUGACGAGUAGCUCAAGUAUCGAUGAGGGUCUCGUUGUGGCUGCAAUUCGUGGCAUGGUUUUUUGCGGCGUUUGCCUGUAUCUGAUGCCACUGACCGUCUUGGUGGGGGAGCUCGCGAGUUGGAUUGGGAAUGAACAUGGACAGAGUUCGGUGCUUAGAUGACUUGAUCACACGGGAAUUUUCCUUCAUACAGGAACUUAUUUGGUCGGCACCGCACAAGAAUCCUUUUCCCCUGUGCAGCCGCAGUAUCUUGUCGAAGCUGAAGAGUCUAAGUAGUGAUUGGCGAAAUGCUUCUCCAAUUACUCAACAGUCAGUCAUAAACUUGAUAGCGAUACUGGAUGUCGACACAAAAACUCUCAUAGAACUCCGCAAACGGUGUCUCGAGCUGCUGGCGCGGAAGCGUUCCACUGGAGGCAUGAUGGUAUGUAACUUCCAGAUGCCUACUCAAACUUCAUGAUCAGCCUGGAGAAGAAGGUGGACAGCAUCCUUGUUCAGCACAUUGAAUAUGCCUGGAAGGAGCUGAACUUGGAAUCCAUAGACGUACAUGCUCAGCGACAAAUGAAAAUUAACCAAGAUGGUUUGACUGCUGAUAUUCUUCAAAUUGUUUUCGAGGAUACUGUUCAGCAAUCCGAAGGUUGUAUCAAGGACGAAACUGCAGACGUAAUAUCCAAAAUGUCAAGAGCUAAUUACCAAGACAUGGAUGCUACUGAAAUUAGUACUAAGUGUUUUUCAAGUCCACUUCAGAGCGAGUCCUCUCCCCUCAGAGGUGAGCUUUUCCCAACGAUUUCUGGCCAGAAGCCAUGCUUUCCCACCAUCGUAGUACCUGUGAGAAUCGAAGUACCGGAUGGACAAUCUAAGAUUUCAGGAACCUCACACACCACCACACUGAAGGACACGGCCUCUGCAAUUCCCGAAGCCUAUGAAAAUUCCUUGCCAGCGUCGAUUGCAGAGAAUUUUUUUUGUGUUUCAUCCCAAAAGCCACUCUUCAUUUCUAUCCAAGCGCAGUCUGCACCUAACGAAGGUCAAUAUUCCACAUUACCAUUGGAUGAAGGGCCAAACCAUUCCAUAUUUCCUCCUGAGGUACCUGGAGACGUUGGAAGACGAGAAUCCAAUGACCCUUCACAGUGCAGUUCUCCAGCCGAUCGUGAAUCCACGGCAACCUUUGACGCUAAUCGAUGCAUGAAAGAAAUAGGAAAUCUUAUGGACGAUGCUGCCGAGGACGUCACUCAAUCUCAUGAAUUGAUUUCUACAGUUGAUGAAUACUAUUCAGCGAGUUCAGAUGGUGAACAUGAUGCUUCAACUAAGGCAGUAGAGACCAAAUAUAGUGUCGAUGCUGAUUUGCGACUUGCCAUGGUCGCCAAUGGAUCAUCAGCUUCGCUAACUGGGGAGAAUGGUUCCGAGACAACUGAAGUACAACGUUUACCCCCAAAUGCUGGACCUGGGUGUCCUGGAAGAAUGCAGGCUUUCUCUAACAACACAGACAUCAAUGGAGGAGUCCAGAAAUUUGAUGAGCAUGAUAUGUGUCACUCCCCUGUCUGUGGGAACGCUGGAGUCAAAUAUGAGUUUGAGAGCAAAUCUGUGGAAGAAUGCUCCAGAGACGAGGAACUUGUUGAGGUGGAAAUGACCAUGAGAGCCAAAAUUUGUGAACCAGAAGGGGAGGAACCUUAUUGGCAUGUCAUUUUUGCUCUCCUCAACCAUAGUAACUUCAAGAUCAGCGUACAGAAGCUGGAGUAUUGGUCCCUCGACCAACAGGAAGAUGUGAAGUGUAUACACUGGCCUCCUGGAGAGAUGAUACUUCGUGAGCAGCCAUCUUUUCUGUGCUACAGCAUCAAGCUGCCCUGCUGUGCAUUGAGUACCUCCCCGCGACUGGCGUUCAGCUGGCAAUAUAGGAAACUUCCAGAAUGGAUUCCUACGAAAGGUGGUAAACCCAAAUUAGAGAAUCACUUCAGUGGCAAGGCAGCAUCAUCUGAGACAAGGAGGGCACUGACGUGUACGUAUCGCUUCAACGUUUAUGCAGAAAGUAACAAUCCGAAAGCGUUUCGGAGACAUGCUGGGGUUUGGGGAUGCUCAGAAGAAGCACAAGCUCGAAAAAGGACACGUGAAUUUGAAGUCAGCCAAGAAGCGGACAGCGUGAGACUUGAGGCAGCACCAAUGACCAAGGUUGCAAUCAUUGCAAUUUCUAGGACAUUUGGUCUAGGGGGUAAGCAGUAGCAAUUGAACGCCCACAACUGCUGAAGUAUAAUUGGGUUCCAGUGAACAGAAAAAAAAAACAAUAAUUAGCAAGAAGAACUAAACAACAACAAAAACAAAAACAAAACAUUUUUUAAAAAAAAAAAAUCGAAGCAUUGAAUGAUCAUGAACUUAAGGACGCAUAAUUCGUCGAUCGUGACACCUAACUCGCCAAGUUUUCUCUCCCUCGAUAUAGAGUGGAGGAUGCCACUUAAGAUCCCUUUACCAGAGAAGUCAAAAACACUCAUUGCAAUUCACUCAUUGAGCACAGCAAAAUAUUCACUCGCUGAAAUCACUGAGCACGCAUCAUUGUUCACCGCUCUUUAUGAUUUGGCUUCAAUUUUCACCAAAAUAAAAUCAAACUCGAUCUUUACUUUUCUAA